AUGGGCUCCUCAUCACCGGCCCUCUCGACCCUCGGUGGUCCUACAUAUGUGACUGCCCAGACCCUAAUUCAGCAGGUCGCCUACGCCCUGAGCGACAAGAUCUUCUCCUACUCGCCGGAGUCGUUUGAUCUGGACGCUGCCCUUCGCGAAUGGGCUUCGAAGAAGGAUGCCAAUGCCAAUGGCGAGGCACCUGCCGUUCAGGCCAUGGAGACUCGCCAGGGUGCUGGUAACAUCGCUCUCGGAUACCUCUUCUCUCAGGAUUUCGACCUGAAGAAGCGCCACGUCCCCCAGGGCAUUGUCGCCUCGUCCGCGACUUUGCCGUAUAUGCGAGCCGCUCUGGAGCAACUCUCCCUUCUAUACUCUGUCGCUAGCCCCGUUGCUGCCCACGUUGCCGCUGUUGACUACGCCGGCGAGGAUGGCCUCGUCUCCGACUAUGUCUCUGCGCUUUCACUCGCUGAAGAGCUCGGACUCGGUCUUGUCUCAAGCGCCUCUGUUCACGAGUCCCAGCAUAUGGCUCUCCUGACCACACUGCUCGCCUCCGUUCUUCCAUCUAUCCACAUUUACGACGGCGUCCGUGUUGGACGUGACAACACCCGCGUCAUCGAUGUCCUCGACCAGGCUGGCCUCAGCCGUGCCUAUGUGAAUGUGCGCAAGACUUUGGAAGACCAGCGGAGCCGCCACCUCGAUGACCAAGGCAAGCUCCUUGAACUGAUCCGCUCGUUGAACGGAGAGCUUGGCACUGAUUAUAGUGCUUUCGAGUACCACGGCCAUGCUGAGCCCACCUCUGUCCUGGUUGCUUUCGGUACCGUUGAGGCAUCACUCACUGCCCAAGUUGCCCGUUCUCUAGCCAAGGAUGGCGUGCGUGUUGGUGUUGUCAACGUCCGCGUGUACCGCCCCUUUGUCGAGGAGGAGUUCUUGAAGGUCCUGCCGCAGUCUGUCAAGACUGUUGGUGUUCUCGGCCAGGUCGCUACUGAGCAGGCUGUGCAAGACCAGGGCAUCCGCUCCACUCUUUACGAGGAUGUUUUUGCCGCUCUGACCUUCGCCACUGACCGGGAGCAGACUCCCGCUGUCGUGGACAUCAAGUACGCUCGCUCUCAACGUUGGGACUUGAUCAACAUUGCUGCGUCUUUCCAGCUCGUUUCCGACAAGCCAAUUGUUCAGGCCGACAGCACCGCCGAGACUCUUCAGCUUCUGGACCCAUCCACAGUGCAAGAAUUCACCUUCUGGGAUGUCGACACUUCCGCUUCUAACGAUGCUGCUACCAUCCUAUCGCAGGCUCUGGCUGCUGACUCUGCAAGCAAUGUCACUACCAGCAAGGUGUACGAUAACCUCAUCCAGGGCGGAGCUGUUCGCGUCGAUAUCCGCAAGAGCUCCAAGAUCGUCGAUGCUCCCUACCCUGUUUCUGCAGCUGAUGCCAUUUAUGUCGGCGACGUGAAGCUGCUCGGAGAGAUUGACAUCCUGUCCUCCGUCAAGGACAACGCCAAGGUCAUUGUCAACGUGGCCGGCGUCAAGGAGGAGGACCUGGAGAAGAAGCUGCCUGCUAGCUUCAGACAGACCGUCGCUGAGCGUGACAUCUCCCUCCACAUCCUUGACCCUUCUGCCGUUGAGGAUGCCGCCCUCGAGCCUCUUGCCCUACAGGUUGCCUUCUUGCGAGUAGCCCUCCCCUCCGUUGAGGACUCCGCAGUCAAGAAGCUUGCCUCUAUCUCUGGCAACACCGAGUCUCUGCAGAAGGUCAGCGCGGAUCUGGAGAAGGUCCUCCGCCAGGCUGAGAUUCCUGAAGCUUGGAAGACUUCCGAGGAGGGCGCCGAGGCCCGUGAGCUCCUGAAGGAUGUCACCCCCAACAGCUUCGCGCCGUUCGACAAGGACGAGACUGAGCCUGCAACCUUCCUCAAGGAUUGGCAGACCGUGGCCAAGGGCUUGGCUUUCAAGGAGGCCUACGGCGCCAGGUCUGCUCUUCGUCCUGACUUGUCUACCAAGAGCUUCACCGUUCACGUCAAGGAGAACAGGCGCCUGACCCCUGUGACCUACGACCGCAACAUCUUCCACAUCGAAUUCGACCUGGGUGACUCUGGCCUCACGUACGACAUCGGUGAAGCCCUUGGCGUGCACUGUGAGAACGACCCUCAGGAUGUCCUUGACUUCAUCAAGUUCUACGGUCUCAACGCAGACGACGUGGUCGAAGUCCCCAGCCGCGAGGAUCCCGCUGUUCUCGACAACCGCACCGUCUACCAGGCCCUCAUGCAGAAUUUGGACAUCUUCGGUCGCCCACCCAAGCGCUUCUACGAAGCUCUCGCCGAGUUCGCCACCGACGAGAACGAGAAGAAGGAUCUCCUCACCCUCGGCGGCCCCGAAGGUGCCGUGGAGUUCAAGCGCCGCGCUGAAGUGGACACCAUCACCUACGCCGACAUUCUCCUUGAAUAUCCCUCCGCCCACCCCGACUUCCACGAGCUCAUUCGCAUCGUCAGCCCCAUGAAGCGCCGUGAGUACUCUAUCGCCUCCUGCCAAAAGGUCACCCCUACGACCGUCGCCCUCAUGAUCGUCGUCGUCAACUGGGUCGACCCCCGCGGCCGCGACCGCUUCGGUAUCUCCACCCGCUACCUCUCCCGCCUGCAACCCGGCACCCCCGUGACCGUCUCCGUCAAGUCCAGCGUCAUGAAACUCCCCCCCAAGUCCACCCAGCCUAUCAUCAUGGCCGGUCUCGGAACGGGUCUCGCCCCCUUCCGCGCCUUCGUCCAGCACCGCGCCCUCGAAAAGGCCCAAGGCAAGGAAAUUGGCGCCGUUCUGCUAUACAUGGGCUCGCGCCACCAGCGCGAGGAAUACUGCUACGGUGAGGAGUGGGAAGCCUACCAGGAGGCCGGUGUCAUCACUCUCCUUGGCCGUGCGUUCUCUCGCGACCAGCCGCAGAAGAUCUACAUCCAGGAUCGCAUGCGCCAGACCAUUCCCGAGAUCAUCCAGGCAUAUAUCCGCGAAGAGGGAGCGUUCUACCUCUGCGGUCCUACUUGGCCUGUUCCUGAUGUUACUGCUGUUCUCGAGGAGGCUAUUGCUGCCGAGGCGUAUAGCAGGGGCAAGAAGGUCGAGACCCGCAAGGAGAUUGAGAAGUUGAAGGAUGAGGAGAGAUAUGUUCUUGAGGUCUACUAA